AUGCUGACGGACGUGGCGCCUGCAGGUAGCUCCGCGUCUAAAAGUGCGCCUUCCCGAAGCGAAGAAGAGUCAAGAAUGACAUCAAGUGCUACAUUCGAGCAAGAUGCGCUUUCAGUCAUUCUUGUUACUGCAGGAUACGACCAUACAAUUCGCUUCUGGGAGGCAUGGUCGGGCAUUUGCUCUCACACGAUCCAGUAUUCGGACUCACAGGUAAACCGCCUUGCGAUUUCUCCCGAUAAAAAGCUUCUUGCAGUUGCUGGGCACAAUACAGUUAAAUUGUAUGACUGCCAUCCUAGUUCGGUCGCACAGACUAGCACAGAUGCAUCUGGCCGAGGUGCAAAUGUGUCUCCUGUCGCCACAUUUGAGGGACACACGGGCAAUGUGACCUCUGUUGCGUGGCACUGUGAUGGGAAGUGGCUGGUGAGCGGCAGUGAAGAUGGCACAUUGCGGAUUUGGGAUACGCGCACAUCACGGACGCAGCGUGUGUACAAUCACUCGGGACCUGUCAACGAUGUGGUGAUUCAUCCCAACCAGGGAGAGCUUGUAUCCUGUGACCAGAAUGGCAGCGUCAAAGUUUGGGACCUGAGCAUGAACGGAUGCAGUCACGAGCUGGUGCCCGAGGAAGAGGUGCCGAUGCGAAGUGUAUCUAUUGCCUCUGAUGGCUCAUGUCUUGUGGCUGCGAAUAACAAGGGGAAUGUCUAUGUCUGGCGGAUCCAAGGAGGAUCCUAUGGUGCAGAUGGAUCUCCGAUCGUUGGCGAUGGCCAAAACGAACUGACAGAUCUGCAGCCUGUGACGAAGUUCCAGGCCCAUAACACGUACAUCACACGGUGCGCGUUGAGCCCUGAUGCGCGUUAUCUCGCGACUUGUUCCGCAGAUACCACGGUCAAAAUUUGGUCUACGAGCCACUACCAGUUCAAACUGGAUAAAGUGCUCACGGGACACCAGCGGUGGGUGUGGGACCUCGCCUUCAGUGCCGAUAGCGCCUAUCUUGUGUCUGCAUCGUCUGACCAUGUGGCACGAUUAUGGGAACUGUCUAGCGGCGAAACAAUGCGCCAGUACAAUGGGCAUCACCGCGCCGCGGUGUGCGUUGCUCUGAAUGACACAAGUUUGGAGUUCUGA